CGCAAUACCGUUUGGCAUUUUCGUGACGCCAUAUUUUAAAUGUUGAUUGUUUUGCGUGAAAUUUGUUUACAUCUAGGAAAAUCUAAAAAUUCUCUACAAGCUAGCAAAAGUUUGAUAGUUUUUUCAAUUUUAUCGGUUGAUAGUGGAUUUGGCGUUUGUGCAGCAUUGAAACGGAGACGUUUGUUGAUUAGGAGCCGAAAAUUGAUACCAUUUUAGAACGGAUCUUCGAUAUGGAGCUCGGUACUCUGAAAAACUUGGAGCUGGAUAAGAUUUGUCGGAUAUGUUUAGCGAUCAAAAAGGAAAUGCGUCCUCUGUUUGGCGAAAUGGUAGCAGAAAUGCUGAUGGAAAUCGCAAAGAUACAGAUUGAGCAACUGGACGGCUGGCCGGACAAAAUCUGUAUCCAAUGCAUUCAUCAAGUAAGUCGAUGCCAUGCAUUCAAAACUCGAGUGGAAAAAUCGGACACUGCCUUGCGGCAGUACAUUAAGGGCAUAACGGUGGUAACGGAAGGGCAGAUGCCCAAAGAAGCGGUGACGGUCGACGUUCCGAGACCGCAGAUUGCACCGCAAAAGAUCCAACAGCUUCACACAGCUCCUCAGAUUCAAGAAAUUCAUAUCCAACGGGCAGACAUCCCAACGAUAGCGGAAGCUGCUCCACCUCCGACGAUGAUACUUACCAAUGCGCAUCUACUGGGUACCGGAGCUCAAAUUAUCAAUGCUGGCCAUUUGCUUACAACAGCUACCGGGCAACAGAUCAUUCAAGCCCCACAGUAUCACGCGGCCCAAAUAGGACAGUUCAUCCAAGGACCGAACAACACGAUACAGAUGAUUACCCACGGAGCGCCACAUCCGCAAAUUCUGCAAAUUCAACGGACGGCAGAUGAUCGCUGUGAAAUCAUUGUUCAACCAGAUAUGGCCGAGCAACAGCAGUAUUAUGACGAAAAUAAUGUAUUAUCUGUCAACCCCGUCCAAUCCGUCCCACUGAUGGUAGCAGCACCUUCUGCAACACUGCAUCACCAAAUUGCACAACAUGCCAUUCAACAGCACCAGCAGCAGCAACAACAACAGCAUCAUCACCACCAACAGCAACAACAACAGGCCCACCAACAGCAGCUUCAUCAUCAGCUGCAACAAGAGGAACAGCAAGAAGACGAAUCUGAAGAAUCUCAUCUGAAAGAUGACCACCAGGACUCCGACUGCGGCGAACAAGAAGAUAGUCAAAUGGAUAACGAAGAAUUUAUCGAAGAAGAACAUCCCGAGGACGAGGAAGAAGAGGACGAAGAAGAAGAUGAGGAAGAACAGCAACAAGUGGAAAUUGAGGAGACGUUUUACCUAUCAGAUUGCGAAUCAGAUGACGAGGAGAAACAACUAGCGGAGUUCAUGGCCCACCAGACGUCUUGUCCCAGUCCUGGACGGUAUGUGUGUAAUUUAUGUCGCAAGGAGUUCAGUCAACCGAAAUGGCUACAAACACACAUGUCAUCGCAUUCAAACUGGUUGAAGGCCAAUUGCAAGAAACAGCCCGAGUGCGAAAUUUGCCAUAAAAGCUUCAGAGGACCAGGAAUGUUACGGAUGCACAUGAAAACACACGAGAAAGAGGAUAAGCUACCAACAUGUUCGAUAUGUCAUAAGGAGUUUAAAUCGAAAUCUAUUUUAUAUCGACAUAGGCAAACACAUUUCGAGAAAAACUUUGCAUGCACCCUGUGUGACAAGCGGUUCAGUUCGAAUUAUCAAUUGAACAUCCACGUGCAACGACAUAAAAAGCAAAAACAGCAAAAAUGUCCUCACUGUGACAAAUCAUUCUACAACGCUUCCGACUUGAAGGCACACGUUAGCUUACAUCUAGGAACGAACGUUAUACAAAUCAAGAAGAUUACAACAGCGAGCUAAUCCAUGGAUAAUCCAACACUGGCACGUCUAGGAUAAUUGUUUUAUUUCAUUCAAACUGGAUAUGCUCUCAUUUUUCUGUGAAGUAGGUAUUUCAUAAUUAUCGUUUUGGGCGUUUUUCACAUAACGCAAACAUUACGAAGCCCUUGUAUAUAUUGCAUCCUUUAUUAAAAAGAUUGAAAAAAUCCGUACGCUUUAGAAUUCGACAGAUUUAAUUUAAGAAAAAAAAAUCGCUUGUGCAAUGGUUAGUAAUGGCGAGAAUAUUCGUAGUCUUGUCUAAUAUGUUAGGUAAAGUUGUACAUCAGAUUGAAAAUCAUUGUAUUUUGCUAGUGAAAAACGAGUUUAGUAAAAAUAUCUUGUUGUA